AUGCCCCGCGGUGCCGCUAACUUACAGGCUUCUACUAUUCGUUCCAUCAAGUCCGUUGUACCACUCUUGGACCGUGUGUUGGUCCAGCGCUUCAAGCCUGAAACGAAGACCGCGUCCGGUCUCUUUUUGCCCUCGUCCUCCGCAAGUUCGCCACUGCCAGAGGCAUCUGUGAUUGCUGCAGGUCCUGGUGCGCCCGACAAGGAUGGUAGAGUUAAUCCUCCGAGUGUCAAGGCUGGUGACAAGAUUCUUCUCCCUUCGUGGGGUGGCAACCAGAUCAAAGUCGGCGACGAGGAGUACCUCUUGAUUCGCGACAGCGAGAUUCUCGCCAAGAUUGAGGAGUAA